UAUUGACCAGUCAUCUGUCCAGAACCAUGGGAAAGAAGAGUCGAGUGAAGACUCAGAAGUCCGGCACCGGGGCCAGCACUGUGGUUUCCCCAAAGGAGAUGAUGAACCUGAUCUCUGAACUGCUGCAAAAGUGCAGCAAUGCAGCGCCCUCUGCUGGCAAAGAGUGGGAGGAGUACAUCCAGAUUCGAAGUUUGGUGGAGAAGAUCAGAAAGAAACAGAAAGGUUUGUCCACUGUGUUUGAAGGCAGCAGGGAGGACUACUUCUCAGAUCUGAUGUCCUGGGCUCAGGAGAACGGGGCGUCCUGUGACGGCUUUACUGUGGCAAACUUUGAGUCAGAGGGCUAUGGCCUGCGGGCCACCAGAGACAUUAAGGCAGAGGAGUUGUUCUUGUGGGUUCCCAGGAAGAUGUUGAUGACGGUGGAAUCAGCCCAAAACUCUCUGCUGGGUCCUCUGUACAGUCAGGACCGGAUCAUGCAGGCUAUGGGCAACGUGACUCUGGCCCUCCACCUGCUGUGCGAGCGGGCCAACCUGUCUUCGUUCUGGCUGCCGUACAUCCACAGUCUUCCUCAGGAGUAUGACACGCCGCUGUACUACCAGCAGGACGACGUUCAGCUGCUGCUGGGCACCCAAGCAGUGCAGGACGUCCUGAGCCAGUACAAGAACACAGCCCGCCAGUACGCUUACUUCUACAAACUGGUGCAGACUCAUCCCGCCGCCAGCAAGCUGCCCCUGAAGGACAGCUUCACGUUUGAUGACUACAGGUGGGCAGUGUCCUCUGUGAUGACCCGCCAGAACCAGAUCCCCACUGAGGAUGGCAGCCGAGUCACUCUGGCCCUCAUCCCCCUGUGGGACAUGUGUAACCACACAAACGGACUGAUCACCACAGGCUACAACCUGGAGGACGAUCGCUGCGAGUGUGUGGCGCUGCAGGACUACAAAGAGAACGAACAGAUUUACAUCUUUUACGGUACAAGAUCCAAUGCCGAGUUUGUCAUCCACAAUGGCUUCUUCUUCCAAGACAACGCCCACGACAGAGUGAAGAUCAAGCUGGGUGUCAGUAAGAGCGAACGUCUUUACGCCAUGAAGGCUGAGGUUCUGGCCCGAGCCGGCAUCCCAGCGUCCUGUGUGUUUGCCCUGCACUGUAAUGAAUCUCCUAUUUCAGCCCAGAUGCUGGCCUUCCUGAGAGUCUUCUGCAUGACGGAGGAGGAACUCAAGGACUAUCUUCUGGGAGAUCGUGCCAUCAACAAGAUCUUCACUCUGGGUAACGGCGAGUUUCCUGUCAGUUGGGAAAACGAGAUAAAGUUGUGGACUUUCCUUGAGAAUCGAGCUGCUCUGCUGCUCAAGACCUACAAGACCACGUCUGAGGAGGACCGCUCUUUGUUGGAGAAGCUGGACCUCUCUCUUCACUCUCGUCUGGCCACCCAGCUCCGCCUGGCAGAGAAGCAGAUCCUGGAGAAGGCCUCGGCCACGGGUCGGACCAAACGUCUGCACUUCCAGAAGAAGCUGGAGGAAGGAGCUGCCUUGCCUCGUUUCGAGGAAAGCGAUAUCGCUCUGCUGGAAAACAACGACACGGAUGGAAAGCUUCCCAUAAUCUUGCGGAAGCUGGAGGAGGUGGAAGAGAGUCGGGGGAUCCAGGUGGACGAGCGCCUCCUGAAUGGGGAGAAGUUGACCUGCGAGGCAGGUACGGAGGCGAACGGAGACACGGAGCAGGAGACUCGCAAAAUAGAUGUCGCUUCAGACCAGAAAGGUCAAACAGGAACGGCUGACCCAAGUGCCAAUCGAACUGAAGACAGUCCCAAAGAUAGUGAAUAAGUCUAUUCUGCCACAGCUCACGCUAUUUAUUUAUUUUUGCGUCUCGUAAGUGACUCAGAAAUAUAGAAGCCGAAGAAGAAAAGAACCGUGCGUUUAUCCAGCGUGGCUAUCUUUAGUUGUCCGCUGCUAAACUCUUUCUCUGCUUCCGCAGGAGACGUUUUGAUUAAAAUUAGCUUUUGCUUCAGUUUUAAAGAUACAUUUUCAUUCAAACCGUUUGAGGCCGACAGCGUGGGAACA